UCAGCUGUGAGUAAUGGUGUAUGUUGUAGACAGGGCGUGCACAUACAUUACACACACGUCGGCUGAACGUUUGGCAGGAUGUCAGCAAAUGGUGAACUCGAAUGCUUCAGCUACCAUUUCUAAUUGUGUUUUGCAUAUUUUAAGAUUAUGAUGGCUUCAUCAGAAGAAACUGAAAUUUACAGAAGAAAUGCAGAAAGCUCUAUGGCACAAGUGGCUUUACCAUCUUUGAAAGAAAACGUGCAAGAAAGGCGAAUCAUCUUAAUUGGAAAACUUGGUGCAGGUAAAAGCCACAGCGGAAAUGGAAUAUUAGGAACCAAACAAUUUGUCAGCAAGCGGUGUUGGUCUUCUAUCACGAGGAGAUGUGAAUAUAGUUCAGCUAUCAGGGACGGGUUUCGGUAUCGUAUCUAUGACACGCCAGGAGUAAAUUCACCACAGGAAAUGCAGAAAAAAAUAGAUGUAGAAACCGAUAUCAAGCGCUGUUUGUAUUGCACGUCCCCGGGAUUUCACGCCAUUGUCUUGGUGUUGUCGGCAUCAGAGAGAAUAGCAAAAGAAGAUUUGCAAAUGCUUCAAAAUCUAGAUGUAUUACUAGGGGAGAGUGCGUUUGAAUACAUGAUUCUUGUGAUCACCAAGUUAGAAAACGAUGAAAACGAACUAAAUGAAUUGUUGGCAGAAGCCCCUGAUGUCGUUCAGUUGAACGUAAAGUGUGGAGGUAGGCACGUCAUUUUUGGGGAUGAUAAAAAGGAAAUACCUAAGGAAUGUGUGCAGAAAUUUGAUAAUAUGCUAACGAAGCUCAUCAAAGAAAACUCGAAGCGAGGAAAAGAAUAUUACAGACAUAAGUUCUAUGACCAAGCAACCAAAAUUCUGGAGAAAGAUAAAAAUGAUUACAUGAAAAAAAAUCCAGGUAUAUCUGAGAGCGACGCUUUCGAAACAGUUAGAAAUAACGCGGCAGAAGGCAGGUCUCCACGAGAUGAUGAACUCAAUGGCCUAAAAGACCCCAGAUGUGGAAGGUGUUCCAUUUCCUGAAAAUUUGAUAUUGUAUAGUUUUAAAGAUUUCUAUUAUAAUAUUACCAAUGGUCGAAAUUAUGCUGUGUUGACAAAAUGAAAAAUAUAAAGCGUUGUUUCAU